AUGCUUACACAGGCAGUCGGAUGGCUAGUCGGCAAUGACGCCACCCUAAAGCAUUCUUCUGUCGUGUCGGAAAGCCGUUCCAUGAGCGUCGAGGGGACCACGUACCUUAUCUUAGCGGACACAACUCACAUGGAACCUCAGGCCGCGGCUUAUUCCCUCUACAUGGUACUGGGUGCCAAGUUUUUGGAGCUGUCCUUCAAGGGAUCGUUGCGUGUGAUGCGUGCCGAGGAUAGGGUCGACCCUCUGUCUGACUCGGGCACUACACAGGCUUUGCUGCUUUUGACGGCAGGGUGUUUGGAGAUCCCUCAGAUGGCCUCCUGGCUCCUGCAGCUGGGGCGCCUCAGCUCCAGCUUCGUCCUGCCAGUCGUUGCCGAGGACUCCUUUCAGUUCCCCGCCCUCGGCUCCAGCAGUCUGGCCACCCUCUCAGACGAGUUUGACGACUCUGACAUGAAGCUCUUCACUCAGAUCAAGGAGGCGGUCUUCCAAGAGAUCUCCGUGCCUUUCAUGCCAAGGAGCUCCAACGCACGGCAGCUGGACCUCCAGGCGAAAAUCAUCGUGGAGCGCCUCUCCCAGACUCGGGAGCCCAUCCAAGCUCGACCUUCCAUGAGCGCCUUCCCAGGCGCGGAGGGGUCGGAAGGAGAUGGAAGGGACCCUAAACCCUCAACCCUAAACCCUAAACCUUCAACCCUAAACCCUAAACCCUAG